AUGAGACAGAAAAGGGCCAAGAGCUACAAGAAACAGAUGAAUGUGUAUCUUCACACGUUCAAGUUCAGAGAACCCUUCCAGACUAUCGUGGAUGACGAGAUCGUCUUGACCUGCGAUAAGGCUUCCUUCGACUUGUCCAAGGGCCUCACCAGAACUAUCCAGGCCGAGCUGAAGCCCAUGAUCACCCAGUGUUGCAUGCAAGCGUUGUACUUGACGAACAACCAGCCCGCUAUUGACUUGGCCAAGUCGUUUGAGAGAAGAAGGUGCAACCACUUUGGUGAUCCAAGGCCUCCAGCCGAAUGCAUCGAGUCGAUUGUCAACAUCGACGGAGAGAAUAAGCACAGAUACGUUGUGGCUACGCAGAAUACGAAAUUGAGAAGAACUCUUCGAGGGGUGCCGGGUGUGCCACUUAUUUUCAUGAACCGUUCGGUGAUGGUGAUGGAGCCUGCUUCAGAUGCCACCAUGAGAGCUGCUACACUCAGUGAGAACGCUAAGCUCACAGCAGGUCUCAACGAUACAAAGAUCGGCUACAUAAAGAAGGAGGAGGAAGCCGAGGUGGAGCAGCCACAGAAGAAGAAGAGAAAGGGACCUAAGGAGCCUAACCCACUCAGCAUGAAGAAAAAGAAGAGCGGUCCAAAGGAGACAGUGGAAACAGGAAAUGAAAAGCCCAAGAAGAAGAGAGCUAGACGUCAUAAAAAAAGCACAGAGGAGUCCAAUGGCGAUGCCAAAGACUCUCCACAGGAAAAUGGCAACGAUGCCCAAUAA